AUGUCGCAAUCCGGAAACCACAAUUUGCUCUCUGCACCUGUUUCACCGACUCACUUAAGGAUCCCGUCACACCAGGAUUCGCAUAACUCGGUCGAUGAGUUAGACGAAAGAUCACCAUUAUUACGGCGCUCAAGAUCUCGUGCUCGCAUCCCGGGCUACGACACUAGCUCCGUGAGGCAUACAACCCUGCCGAGAAACCAUAGCUACCAAGGCAGCAUUCGAAGUGUCAGGCAUCACAGUCGAAAUCCGUCAUGGAGUUCCCGCCUUAUUCACGCCCUGGCCGAUCGUCCGGAACCCUUGGCCGAAUCCAAAGGCUCACUCGGCGACGAAAGAGUCUGGUACGAUCAGUUUACAUCUACGGACUGGGUGCACGACAAUAUCGCCCACGCCCUCCGUCUCAAGGAGCUGCGUAGCCGCAAGGACUUCCGUGGCCGCCUUUACGCCUUUUUCGACGCCGCCCAGGGCUGGGUUCUGAGUUUUGUCUGUGGUGUCAUCAUUGCCUUGAUUGCCUAUGGUGUCAACGUCUCGGAGAGCGUCAUCUUCGACUUCAAAGACGGGUAUUGCGGAAGAGCUUGGUAUCUUAACGAGAAGAAAUGCUGCCCUCGCGGUCUUUGCGACGACUGGCGACCGUGGUCUGAGGUGCUUAACGGCAAGCCAUUCGGUAAUGUGUGGACCGAGUAUGCGGUUUACUAUGUCCUGGUCCUUACUUUGGCUUCUCUUUCCUGUCUUAUGACUCUCACUACGAAGACCGUGGUCCCGUCAGCCUAUCGUAUGACGACGUUUGACGAAAACCUUGCGGCGGAACGUGUGCCCUCGAAUAAUCCAGCCGAUGAGAACCAGAACGACGGUAACUCCAGCCCCAGCCGGCCUGCCGAAGAGUCCAUCAUUCCCCCGAUGAUCUAUUAUUCGGCAGCAGGCAGCGGUGUGGCUGAAGUCCGUGUCAUCCUAAGCGGAUUCAUCUUGCACGGCUUCCUCGGUCUGAAAACCCUGAUCGUCAAAUCCGUCGCUCUCAUUUUCAGCGUCGCGUCCGGGCUCAGUCUGGGAAAGGAAGGCCCCUUUGUGCACAUCGCCACUUGUGUCGGCAACAUUGCCUGCCGGUUGUUUUCCAAGUACGACCAGAAUGAUGCCAAACGACGGGAAGUACUGUCGGCUACCGCCGCUGCAGGUGUUGCCGUGGCUUUCGGCGCUCCGCUGGGCGGCGUUCUCUUCGGGCUCGAGGAGGUGUCCUAUUUCUUCCCAGCGAAGACGCUCUUCCGAACAUUCUUUUGCUGCAUCGUGGCUGCCCUCACACUCAAAUUCCUGAACCCGUACGGCACCCACAAGGUGGUCAUGUUUCAAGUCCGAUACGUCGUCGACUGGGCCUAUUUUGAGCUGGCCUCCUUCAUGGUUGUUGGCGUCUUGGGCGGCGCUGCAGGCGCGCUGUUCAUCAAGGCAUCCAAGCACUGGGCUCAAUCCUUCAGGCGUAUCAAGGUCAUCAAGGCGUAUCCCAUGUUGGAAGUCCUACUAGUUGCCGCUGUUACCGGACUCUUGAGUUAUUGGAACCACUUCACCAAGCUCUCGGUGGCAAAACUCCUUUUGAAGCUGGCUUCUCCGUGCGACGACGACGAGGAUUCCAACGACUUUGGGCUCUGCCCCACUGAAAUUGAUCAAAUCCCCCCAAUCUUGGCAAGCCUCCUGGUAGCUUUCCUCAUCAAGGGCUUGCUGACCACCGUCACGUUCGGUAUUAAAGUACCCGCUGGCAUCUAUGUCCCGUCCAUGGUCGUGGGUGGUCUCAUGGGCCGUCUCGUCGGUCACAUUGUUCAGUGGUUCGUGAUGCGUUUCCCGCACUUCGGACUUUGGAGCCGCUGCGCCGCCUUCGCGCCUGGGACAUGCAUCCAACCUGGCGUAUACGGGCUGAUUGCGGCUGGGUCAACCAUGUGCGGAGUUACGAGGCUAUCAGUAACCUUGGCUGUCAUCCUCUUUGAGCUCACAGGCAGCCUCGACUAUGUUCUCCCGUUCUCUCUCGCCAUUCUGGUGGCGAAAUGGACGGCGGAUGCCAUCGAGCCAGACAGUAUUUAUGAUCUCCUCACCAACAUGAACUCGUAUCCUUUCUUGGAUAACAAACACAAGCCGAUUUUCGUCUCGGAUUUGGCUGCCAUUGUUCCCCGUGUGCGGCGGGAACGGGUAAUUGACAUUGCCGACUCGCCUCUAGUACCGGCCUCGAGCCUCCGUUCCAAACUAGAGCUCCUGCACAGGGCCGGUGAGCUCGACGGUGGCCUGCCCAUUCUCCGCGACGAAGUGUUGGUGGGGCUCAUUCCAGCCCCGGACUUGGAGUACGCGUUAGACAAUCUCGACGACGAGGCGAACAGCGUAUGCUUGAUGACGCACGUGCCGUCAAUUGAGGAUUCGGACGACGAGGACGAGGUGGAUCCCACCGAUUUCACGACGUAUAUUGAUCCGGCGCCCAUGGCACUUGACAUCCGGUCUUCUAUGGAUCUAGUAUACGAGUGCUUUUCCAAACUCGGCCUUCGAUAUAUUUGUGUCCUGAAAGACGGGCGGUAUGCCGGCAUGGUCCAUAAGAAAACCUUCGUGAAAUAUGUAAGGGAGCUGAAGCAUGAGAAGUAA